CCGAAUAUUAUGUCUUAUGAUUUGAGAAUAUCUGGAUUUUGUUGUUGACUGAUGGGCAAGGCUUGAGGCCUUGCUUGCUUGCCUUGGAGCCUGGGCAUGUGUAAACCACAUAAAUGUCGUGACAGCCCGGAGAAUUUCCCUCCUUUCAAUAUUGUCUAACGUUUUACAUCUUCAGCGGGAAUUCAUUGGGUUAACACAAAAUCUUCAUUCAUCAUGUGGUGGUGAAAAAGUGUGAAGUUUGAUCCGGACCAGGACAUUGAGGAUCUCUCAGAAGGUUAUCUUGGUUACUGGAGGCAACAAUGGCCUGGGCAAGGAGAUGGUACUGCGAUUAGCAAAGCACAACCCCAAAUGCAUUUAUUUGGGCACACGAUGCCUAGAGAGAGGAGAGGCAGCGCUCAGUGAUAUCAAAUCUGAAGCGUCAGAUUCCAAUGCCAAACUACUCGAGAUUCACAUGGUCUCAUUCGCCUCUAUCGAGUCGGCCGUAGCUGUGGUCAAAGCCGACUUUGAGAGACUCGAUACAACAAAGCCGGAAUCUCAAACCUUCCCUCUGAUGUCACAAAAGACGGUUAUGGGCUACAAUUCGGGACGAAUCACAUGGGUCACGCCCUUCUAACGAAGCUUCUCCUGCCCACAAUGUUGAAGACAGCAGAGUCAGCACCCACUGGGCAGUGCGCAUAGUCAACAUCAGCUCCGACGGGCAUUACCAUGCCACUGAGAAGGGAAUCGACUUCGACGAUUUCAACACUGGGAACAAUUGGACGUGAUAUGCCUGGUCCAAGCUGGCAAACAUUCUUCACGCGAAGGCGCCCGCGAAGCGGUAUCCGAGCAUCAUCACCGUCGCUGUUAGUCCUGGCACUGUGCAGGCUAAUAUCUUUGAGAAGAUGAACAAUCCGGUCUUGAACGUCUUAAUCGCGUUGUUUGGUUGGGCUUCUUUGGUAACUAUACCAGAGGGAUAGCACCUGGAAUUGAGCCAGGGAUUUAUUAUGAUGAUGUCCAACGGCUUUGACCUUGUUUCGACCGAAGGACGGAUCAUACGUUCCCUGGUAGGCAGUCUCAAUGUGUCGCACAACCGGGAAAUCCUACAAAUAAACCUUGGAUCUUAAUUCAGGCAGUCUAGCAUACCUAGGGGGCUCUGCUCUACAUGUCUUGCACCUCUCUGCAUUUGUUUACUGGCUUUAACUAGAAAGGGGGUCGGUGCAUGCUUUUUUUGGCCCUGUAGGUUUCUCGUCCAUUCCAGUACUACAGUAGCAAUAUUGUAAUUGUAUGCAUCCAAUCCCCAAACGUACCUUUAUUACUCUCCGUAAAAGAUUUAAUCGAUGUGACGCUGUAACUGGCUAU